AUGGCGGAAAAGACGAAAUAUGUUCAUCGGGUGAUUCCCGAAAUUUCGCUCCAUGAGUUCGAAAGUCGGAUCGAUGAGAUUACUUCUCAGCUAUGUGAUGCUGCCGAGAAUGUCGGGUUCUUCUCCAUCAAAAACCAUGGUCUCAGCGAUUCCGAAGUGGAGGCUAUGUUCUCUGUAGCUGAGUCCUUUUUCGCCCUGCCAGACGGAACCAAAGCCACCGUACCGUGGAGUCCCAAGAAUGUCGGCUGGGAGAAAUUGUCACAAGUCAGACCGUCCACGGGUGCUGCCGAUCAAAAGGAGUCCUAUCAACUCCAAUUCGGGGAGAACAUGGACGGAGUGUGGGUUAGCGAUGAUAGUAUCCCUGGCUUCAAGGACAAAUCUCUAGCCUUUAUGCAUCGUGUGCAAGCCAUAUCGGAAAAGUUGAUGCUCUGCUUGGCCCGGGGCCUCGGCUUCCCGGACGAUUACUUCAUCAAGUACCACGAUGCCAGCCAUCCCGGCGCCCAGUCUGUGCUCCGGCUUCUGCACUACUUUGAAACUCCUCGCGUCAACGAUGGAAAGGUAUACCAUCGUGCAGGCGCCCACGCCGACUGGGGAUUUCUUACGCUGCUAUUUCAACGUGCAGGGCAAUCUGGACUCGAGAUCUGUCCUGGCCGUGAAGCCGUCACCGAACACGCCCUUGGCGACGAGUGGACAAAGGUGGAGAUCAACCCCGGCGUCAUCAUAUGCAACAUUGGAGACUUGCUGAUGAGCUGGAGCGACGAUCGGUUCAAGAGCACCUAUCACCGGGUCAAGGCGCCGUUUGAAGAGGGGGACUACUACGGGGAGAGAUUUAGCAUGGCUUUCUUCAACCAGCCGUGCAAAGAGGCUGUCAUUCAGGGCCCGCUGAAGAAGUAUCCAUUGGUGACUGGAGAGGAGUUCAAUCGCAACGCCAUGAACAGAAUGUACGCGGCUUUGCAGGCGAAGAUGGCUGGAGUUGAGGCCAAGGACGGAAAGAUGGAGAGCGAGGCUCCCACUGUGAAGAGCCAAGGGUGA